UUUCUUUUACCUUUAAUUCUUUUACCCUUCAAGUUCAAAAGUAAAUGUUGGUUAUUUCUGGUAACGUUAAUGCUUAUCUCUGAUUUUGUGUCAAAGAUUUUAAGCAUCAAAAUGCCCAGGCUCAGUAAGUCUGCCCUAAGUUGCAUACAUAGAUAGUUUCUACUAUUGACAUAAUUUACAUAUUCGUCUGUUCUGGGAUCCACCAAUGACCCAUCUCCUUUUUUUCUCCCACCGCCACGCCCCUAACAUCUUGUCCUCACCUGCCUAUGAUUCCUCGGUUACCGGCUAAAUUUGUCAACAGAAGUCAUUCCCGUGCCUCGUGGGACGAUCAGGCAAUCUGAACCACUAGGAAGGAAUUCAUAAGCAGAAGACACGCGCUGUUUAUUCAGACUGUUUUAGAGAUCUUAAAGGUCGCUGUUUUAGAAGUACAAACUUUCUGGAUUGAUUAUGCAUUGUGUUAAAACCCUACGGGCGUCCAGAACUGGUAUUCUGCUCAUUAGGAACACUAGAAAUUUGGACAGAAGACACUCACCUGCUUGGCUGUUGCACACGAGCGCAUCUCCAGGACAGCAUCCACGCCAUCAGCACGUGAUCACAGAGACGGACGCCGCGACGUACAGUAAGAAGAAUGUUUCUGGGUUGGAGGACAUGUUGUUCUACACUAUCACUCAUGGAGAAGAGAAAAUCUCAGUGGGACGUUUCCUGGCUGCACUCAGGAGCACAGGCUUGCUGACCUCUGACCCCCGUUUGAAAGACUGCAUGCGGCAGAUCAACCAAGCUGUCCAGGAGUCUGUUGGAACAGCAAUGAUGGACCAGGAGCUGUUCAGACAAUGUGUUGGCAGUAACAUAGUCCUCCUGACUCAAGCUUUCCAAAGGAAGUUUAUCAUUCCAGAAUUCGAAGCAUUUACCUCUCUCAUAAACCAUCUGUAUUAUAACGCACAGGCUCAGAAAGGAGGGAAAGUAGCAAACUACAUCCCACAGUUAGCUAAGUUCAGUCCAGACCUGUGGGGAGUUUCUCUGUGCACAGUGGAUGGUCAAAGGCAUGCUAUAGGAGACAGCAGUACACCAUUCUGUCUGCAGUCAUGUGUGAAGCCUCUGGAGUAUGCGCUGGCUGUGCACGAGGCUGGCACUGAACAUGUGCACAGAUAUGUGGGGAAAGAACCCAGUGGCCUCAAAUUCAACAAACUCUAUUUAGAUGAAGAGGAUAAACCCCAUAAUCCCAUGGUAAAUGCAGGAGCCAUUGUAAUCAGCUCUCUCCUAAAGCCUGGUUCCAACAAGGCAGAGAAGUUUGACUUUAUGAUGGAUUAUCUGAAUAGAAUGUCUGGCAGAGAAUAUGUUGCGUUCAGUAAUGCGACUUUCCAGUCAGAGAAAGAGACCGGUGACAGGAACUAUGCAAUUGGCUAUUAUCUCAAAGAGAAAAAAUGUUUUCCCAGUGGAGUUGACAUGAUGGCAGCCCUUGACUUCUACUUUCAGCUGUGUUCUAUCGAGGUGACAUGUGAGUCUGGAAGCGUCAUGGCAGCCACAUUGGCUAAUGGAGGCAUCUGUCCAAUCACAGACGAGCGUGUGCUCAGUGCCGAGGCCGUCCGGAACACUCUCAGUCUCAUGCACUCCUGUGGCAUGUACGACUUCUCCGGCCAGUUUGCCUUUCACGUGGGUUUGCCUGCUAAAUCUGGGGUGUCUGGUGCCGUGCUGCUCGUGGUUCCUAAUAUCAUGGGGGUUAUGUGCUGGUCUCCAGCUCUUGACCGUGUUGGCAAUAGCAUCCGAGGCAUCCACUUCUGCCAGGAGCUAGUGUCCCUCUUUAACUUCCACAACUAUGACAACCUGAGACACUUUACGAAGAAGUUAGACCCUCGCAGACAGACAGGCCACGAGAGGAACAAGUCUGUGGUGGACCUGAUGUUUGCUGCUUACACUGGUGAUGUUUCAGCUCUCAGGAGAAUCGCUCUCUCUGCGGUUAACAUGGAGUUGACUGACUAUGACACCCGUACUGCCCUACAUGUGGCCUCGGCGGAAGGGCAUUUGGAUACGGUCAAGUUUUUAACGCAUACCUGCAAAGUCAACCCCAAUGCAAAGGACAGAUGGGGGAACACACCUCUUGAUGACGCUAUGCAGUUUGGGCACAACGCCGUGGUCAAGGUACUACAAGAGUACCAGAGCAUUUACACACACACACUGAUGCCAGAGGAGCUCAGCGCAGACACGUGUCCCGAUUCCACCAUGGACGCAGACGAACUGAAGAGCAUGGAGACUCUGGAGGGUCUAGUAUGAGCAAGAACUACCAUGAACAUCCCAAACUUCAGUCUCUCAUGACUUCCGGGGAGCAUGGGUGUGAGAUUUAUGUCAAAGCCUGUGUAAGGACAUGCUGAGCAGGUGCGCGCAGGUGUUACAGAGAUAGUGCUUCAAACCAAAGCUCUGCUGUAUGUAGACCUCAGCUAGCUUCUGUUGAUGGUUUAAGAUGGUCAUUACUGUAGUCUCUCAGACCUCCAUCAGUCUAGUGUGGGAUUAUGAAUCUACCAAGUUCUUCCAGGUCAUUUCUGGUACAGCUCCUCAAGGAUAGUUUGGUUUGUGAUUGGACCAAUUUAGAAAUGCAGAAGCUUCCUUUCCCUUCACAUUUAUCACUGCAUAAGUAUUUUUACAUAAAGCACUUAACUUAGCCAGUAACCUUCAUAACUAGAUGCCAGAUUCACAAAACUUUCUUCAGAUUAAAAUUCUUUCUUAACUGCUAUUUUCUUCUUAGUUACUGACUGUAUUCUGUAUUCCCAAAAUACUUCAGAACAAUCUUAAGAAAAGAGAAUCUUAAGCAUUCUUAAGACUAGAUGUAAGUAUUCAAAUUCUUAAACCCCUAAAGAUGAAAUGUUUAAUUUAAUUUUUGGGGAUGUUUCAAAUAAUAAGCAUUUUUAAAAUGUAGCCUUUUGCAAUAUAAAAUACCGUAUUUUCCGGACUAUAAGUCGCACUUUUUUUCACAGUUUGGCUGGUCCUGGGACAUACAGUCAGGUGCGAUUUAUUUAUCAAAAUUAAUUUGACAUGAACCAAGAAAACAUUACCAUCUACAGCCGCGAGAGGGCGCGCUAUGCUGCUCAAUGCUCCUGUAGUCUACAAUGAGCAGCAUAUAGCGCCCUCUCGCGGCUGUAGAUGGUAAUUUUUUCUCUUGGUUCUUGGUUCUAAAUAAAAACGACUUAUAGUCCAGUGCGACUUAUGUUUUUAUCCUCGUCGUGACGUAUUUUUGGACUGAUGCGACUUAUACUUAGGUGCGACUUAUAGUCCGAAAAAUACGGUAUAUUCAAAUGCAAAAAAGUUAUUUUAAAUUGUUAUAAGAUUACAUUUACAUAAUUGCUUUUAUUUAAAAAAAAUGGAUUGUGAACGGCUUUCCAUCUAAAAUGUUAAUAGAUGGAUAAAUGCAUAUUAAGAUAUAUCAUAAUAAAAAGAUAUAUUAUUGAAAUUGUUAUAUUAUAUAAGGCAAUCACAAUCAAACUACAGUAGUAUACAAUUAUAAAACAUAAAAGUCUGACAUUUUAAGGAAUGUUGCCCUUGAAGAUGUUCCUAAGAAAAUGUUUGAGAACUCAAAUUGAAAAAUUGCUAAAAAUUUCAAUAUAAUUAUUCAAAAAUAAUCAAAAUCUUUUGGAAUUUAUCUUAAAAACUUCUUUCAUAGGAAGAUCUUGUGACUCUGCCUAGUUUAAGAAGUACACUACUAAUGUAAAUUAAGCAGGCUAUCUUUUAAGAAAGGCAUGCAUGCAUAUAAAAAAGUAAUUAUGAGGAAACCAUACUGGAAAAGUCAUGGUCAUAUUACCUUAAGGAAGUUAGCAAACCAGUACUCUUCAUAAUGUGAACUUUGGCCCAGUUGUCCCUAUGACAAAGAUUUCCAUGUCAUUUAGAUUACUAAUAAUCUUCAGCUAAACAUUAUGAGCAAGUAUUUGUAUAUUUGAACUAUUUUUAAGAUGUUUGAAUUUCCUAAUAUUGUUAAUAGACAUUUUUGUAUGGUAUUGUAUAAUUUAAAAGACUUUAUUUUAAUGUAAGGCAUGAAAGCUUUAACUGAACCCGCUUGGGAAGCAUCUGGUGUGUAUUUUGCCAAAAAUGAAUGUAUUUAAAACUUGGUACGUGGACUCACUUUAUUGCUGUACACAAAAUUGAAAGUUUUGAAAAAAAUCUAAUUAAAAUAAAAGUUCAGAUAGUUAAAGGAGUGUAUUUGUUCCAUAUGAAAAUGGAAAAAGUGUAAGGUGGACAGAAUUACAUGAAAUGAGGCAUGAAAAAAAAUGGAUGUAUAAACUGUAAAUAAAUAAAAUCACUGGUAAAGAA